UGUCAGAAACAACUGCGAGGCUCUUUUUUGCUGGAACAGUAGAGGAAGACAGCCUUCCAGGAAGUUCAACCCGAUGGACUGGUUUUGCAGUUAACUUACUGCGAAAUUUGCAGUUAUAAUACGAGCUAUUAAGCCAUAAAAAUAUGAAAUUACUGGUCUUUAUAAUAGUAUCAUAACCAGAUAAUUUUAAGGUAUCGUUAGACCCCGCUUAAGGAAAUGCCGUUGUUCAUUCAAAAUAGAGGACUUGACCGGAUAAGCUCGACAGCGGAACUGUUCGACAACUUUCCACAUUUACAGGAAAAUGCAAGAACAUUUCGCACCAGGCCACUUGUUGAUGUCGACCCAAAGUGCUUCUUGUAUGUCCAACAAAGAGAGUUUGCUGCAACAACACCAGCAGACAACUGUGUUUCAGUAAUUGGAUCUGGUGAUGCCACCACCUGCCAUUUGGUUGUGCUGCGACACACCGGAAGUGGAGCUGCUUGCGUUGCUCACUGUGAUGGUUCCAGCACCUGGUCUGAAGUCCCGCUCCUUGUGAAAGCUGUGACGUCACUGAGUAAUGUCAGUAAGGAGGGCAGACUUGAGCUUCAUCUUGCCGGGGGAUUUAACGAUGAGUCAAAAACAUCCCAUAAACUCAGCCUUAACAUACUGGCAGCGUUCCAAAAACAGAAAGAGGAUAUUCAUCUGGAAACAUGUUGCAUCACAGAAAUGAAUGACAUUGUUGUUGAUGGAACUCAUAGGCCUGUAGUGUAUGGAAUAGGUGUAAAUGUUAAAACAGGGGAUGUGUUCCCUUCCACAUUCACCCAUAAAGGACCUGCAGAGGAGCUGCGAUCAGCAAGGACCUUCACUGGGGGACAGAUGGCAGACAUAUAUGACUCAAGUCGAGGGCUUGUUAAAAUCGGCCCUUGCAAGUGGUCCCCAAAUCUGGAUAUUGCCUUCUGGUUGUCACAAGAUGAUGACACAAUUUUAAAGUACCUGUCCACCUCUCCGCUGGCUGAGCCGCCACACUUCGUCCAGCACAUGAAGACCACCAUCCAGUUCCUUUUGGGACACCCCAGCUCUGAUAGCCUGUUCCCCGGGGGGCAACCACAGCUCUACCACAGGACUGAGAGGGGGGACUGGGAGAGGGUUGUCUCGUCAUAAAGCCCUUCUCCUAUCUCUCACUGGACCUUAUCAUGGAAUUGGAACUGGAAAUUAUCAUUUUUUGUGGAACUUUUGUCAAAACAUUUUUUCUAUUAAUUUCCUACCUUGCAUGCAGCCAUUGUUCAGGUUAUACUAGUAGAAUUCAAACUUCAUUUAAUUGCGUUUAUAAUGUUAAUGUUGUCAGUGACUGAGUUGCCAGGAAACUUGCCCAGCUCAAGCAAGUUUUAAUUCUGAAAACCAAUAGACAUCUGGGAGGUAUUUAAUCCAUCUGAAACUUAACUUAGGUAUGCUUCAAAAAAAUGUAUGCACAAUAUGUAUUUAAUGGGCGAAAAAAUGUAAAACUGCGUUUAUGAUCCUUAAAUGUAAAGCCUGACCUACUAUUGAAGAAUAAUUACAGGUGGGGAACAACAAUGAAGACUGUUUAUUUUGGCACUUUGUCUAUAACAGUAAAGAGAAUUCAAAUUGUUACACUCUGCAUUGUUAAGCAAAGUUUAUUUUUUCUCUCUACUAAUGCACCUUCCUAAUAAGAAUGGAAUACUAAUAUUAUACUCUACAUACUGCCGUAAACAUGGCCAUGAAUGUGUACAUUUUAGAAAACUGCAUGUAUAAAUGUUUAUAGUACUCUGCGAGGGAUGAUAUGGAUUCUUGUGGAAUACAAAUAUGAUUUUACUAAUUGCAUCUUUGUUAAUUGUUAAAAUGAAAACUUACCAUAUACUGUAUAAGGCCUUUUCAUCAGUUGUUAUUCAGAAGGCUGCAAGGUGCUUAAAGCAUUCAGUGCAACUUGUUGCAACUUGUGAACAUACUACCUGUUGCUAAAUAAAUGUAAAUGGUCAAAUCUA